AUGGAUCCUUUUAUGAUUCGCGGAACUUCGUUCGCAUUAACUCAACGUCAAACUCAAUCCGUUUCGCAGCAAUCUCACUCGAAUAGUAUGCCACUUUCAAGUUCUUCAACAGCGUUGGUAUCUGAAGAAGACAAAGAUAUGAUUAGUGCACUAUCCGUGCAAACACAAUCUUUAAAAAUAUCAUAUAAAAAAUCUAUGACUUUGCCAGAAUUAAGAAAACUUUUAGAAGCAUGGAAAGACCCUGAAGCUCUCGCAGAGAUUAUAGACGCAAGUGAAAGAAUUACGAAUUGUUUUAAACAACGUUCAGAUAGUUUGGAUUUAUCGUCCCUUUCUCUAAGUACUCUUCCUGAUGUUUUCGGUGGAAUGCAACAUGUAUAUUAUUUGUCGAUUUCCAACAAUUAUUUUUCAGAAAUACCACGAUUUUUAACUAAGUUAGCUUCGUUAAAACUAUUAAACAUGUCCAAUAAUGUAUUGUCUGAAGUGCCCGAUUUUAUCAAGGAAUUCAAACAUUUGGAAUUCUUCAAUGCCGAAUGCAAUCAACUCGAAAAGGUUUCAGAAGAAUUGGGACGUUUGCCAAAACUCCGAACGCUGCUGUUGACUCAUAACCGUAUUCUGAAUUUUCCUCAAAAUAUUCAUCGUAUCAAAAAUCGUAGUCUGGAAGACCAAGUUCCACUAGCGUCUUUUGGCAAUUUUUCUCCUGAGUUCGCAGCACGAUGGAAAGAAACUUUUCAACAUGAAACGGUAUCAGGUUAUUUCGAAAUAUGGCUGGCACGGUAUGAAGAAAUGCUCAGAUUGCCAGAAGCUGAAAACUAUCACCAAGCAUUUAAACAACGUAUCAGUACAUUGCUGGAUGCGAUGGUGAACAAUCCGGAUUUACGUAAACUGUGUUAUGAUAAAGCACGUGAUGUUAUUGCAACGUCUCAUGACGGUAUGUUAUUUGCCUUAUUUGAAAUGGAAGUCAAACAUAUUGAACAAAGAAUAAUCGAAUUACAAUUAUCUGACGAGGAAAUUCAUCAGGAAGUCGAGCGAGCCUUUAAUUUUUAUCGUUUACAAGAGCUCGCUUUAUUACACGCACAAGAGGGCUCGUAUAAAAACAAUGCGACCACGGAAGAAGCAAUAGUCGAUGCACAAGAAACGGUGUUAUUUUUUUACAUCUCUCCUGAAAACACUUUGGAAAUGCCAUUGAACUGCGAAGCACCGCGUUUUAUGUAUCAACCAGAAAUGGCUCUAGCGAAUCAUCAUGAUGUAAGAAAAGCGGUCGAACAAAUUCAACGCGAAAAAAAUGAACUUGGCCCAGAUUAUUUGAUUAAUUUUAUUUUGGAUAAGGAAUAUUGGAUUAAGUAUUUAUCAAGUCGUUACGGGAAUUUCAUCGCAGAACACACACAAGUUUUUAUGGAUCAGAUGGAAGAAGUAGAAGCAAAAAAAGACAAGAUUAGUGAAUAUGAUUAUCUCAUACAGAUGAAUGCUUUGGUUGCAGAGAAGAAUGAAUCGGAACAAAAAUUGUAUCAUCAAUUGACUAAAAAUAUUGUUGUAGAUUGA